AUGUUGAGCAAAUUGGUUCACUCGGCAUUGCUUGCCAGUUCUACUCUAAGCCUCUUUGCCUUUGCCAAUCCAGUUCUUCCUCGUCAAGACUCCUCGGUCUGGAGUGAUUGGACAACGUCCGGAGGCAGCUCUACAACUGAUGUCGGCGGCGUGACUGGAGGAUGCACCGGUUCUACGGUGACCAGUAUCAGCGUGAUCACAACAACUCUGCCAGGAGGUGGAGGUAGUUCUUGUCCCGUCGUGUCUGCACCUUCGACCCUUACCAAAACUAUCACCCUUCCUGCCUUAAGCUGCACUCCUGUCAGUCCUGGAUCGACAGGAUCAUCUUGUGUUCCAGGUACUGUAACGACUACAGUUGCUGGAAGUGGCCCAGCUGCGAACACAGUAACGAGGACUGUUACAACUCCUGGUGCUGGAUUUACGACCACCGUUAUUUCCAGUGUAGGUGGUGGAAUUUCUACAGUCACGGAAACUCGCACUCUCAAUGCACCCACUGCAACAACAACCGUGAUUUCCACUGUCAAUGGAGGUGGCUCUACAGUAACAGCCACGGUCACGCGUACGUUUACCGUACAAUCACCCGGCGGUACCACGACUGUUGUUUCCACGGUCCUCCAAACAAUCCCGGGUUCUACAGUCACGAUAACCUCGAUACAAGUUGGCCCAGUCCAGACCGUCACAACUACUGUGGUACAGCCAGGCACACCGACUACUGUGCGAUUGCCUCCAGUGACAGUGACUCUUCCAGGUACCACCGUAACGCAACAAGGACCAGGCUCAACCGUUACCUCCACGGUGGUUCAGCCAGGGACGCCAACCACUGUGACAGUUCCUGGUACUACUGUGACUCAACAAUUACCCGCCUCGACAGUAACAGUCCCAGGCCAAGGCACGACCUCAACCGUCACUCUACCAGCCGGCACGACGACAGUCGUUCAAACCACAACCGUCGUCAGUACCGCGCAAGGCCCUGGAUCUACCGUCACGCUACCAGGGGGCACUCAAACCAUCAUACGCACAACCACUGCUGUUGGACCUGUGCAGACGGUGACUUCGGUUGUGACAUCCCCCGGAAAUGCCAACACGGUCACUGUUCCCGUGACCGUCCCCGUGACAGUUCCUGCAGGAACCGUUACAGCGACAAGCACCGUCACAGUUUCCGGAGGCACCAGCGUCGUCACUUCAGUUGUUACGGUACCAGGAGGAACGAACACCGUUACUGUUCCUGUCACCGUGCCCGCGGGAACUGUUACCUCGAUACGUACCGUCACGGUUGGAGGAGCUACCAGCGUCGUUACCUCGGUUGUGACAGCACCAGGCGGAACGAACACUGUCACCGUACCUGUUACCGUGCCGGCCGGAACAGUCACCGUCCCUGUGACGAUCCCCGCCGGUACCGUCACCGCGAUACGUACCAUCACGGUCACAGGAGGCACCAGCGUGGUCACUUCGGUCGUGACAGUACCAGGCUCCGCCACGAACACCGUCACCGUGCCUGUUACCGUUCCGGCAGGGACCGUCACCUCUGUACGCACCGUCACGACCUGUGGAGGAGGCGGCACCGGCGUCGUCACGGUCACCGUUCCCGUCACGGUCCCGGCAGGAACGGUCACACGCACCGUCGCGACUGGUGGCGGAGGAGGCACGAGUGUGGUCACCUCGGUCAUUACGGAGACUGCUCCAUGUGGAUCGACCGUCUGGGAUGAUUGGACCACCGCCGCCGCCCCUGCUACUGCCACGGCAGGAGGAUGGCGACGAUCUGGAUUCAGACGCUGA